AUGGCGCAAGUAACAGACUUCCUUGAUCGCGACCAGCUUAAAUACAUGAUUACAAAUUUCCUCAUCGACACCAACAAUCGCGACGACGUCGAGGGUUGGGAAGAUGUGCAAAGAGCCACCAUCGACGCUUUGGGAGACGUCGUCGUCCAGAUUGCUCGGGCGCAAGGGAAGGCACAAGUGGAAGGCAGAGGCGACUCCCCGGAACCAAUGGACUUGGACAAUGCAGGGUCUGGAAAACAGGAAGGAUCAGAUUCGCAUAGUAGUUCGGAUCCAGAUGACUUUGUGAGAGACGACAUUCCUCCCCAGGGACUUCAGCAACCCAAGAACGCCCCCAGCUCCUCACAACAGCCCUAUUCAGGCUCCGACCUUGAAGAGCCUGCUCCGAAGAAUCCGCGCGGUGGUAAAGGAGCGAUCAAGACCAAGAAAACCCCUCGAAAGAAUGCCAAGGUUCCGACUGACCGUGUAUUAAGCCUAGAGGAACGCAAGACGAACCGAUGUGUGUUGGGAUGUGGCGUAGGUUACACGACAACGGAUCGCCUCAAGAGACAUUACAAAGACAAUCACGCCGGUUGGGAGGAGGCAGUUGUGUCUGCUGGUCAGACCCUCUUACAAAAUCAGCGCAAAUACACGAAGCAUGAAAUAUAA